AACUACGCCCAGAAGCCAACCUGUUGAUGUGCGGGUGGGAGGACAUGCCAGACAUUGUCCUGGGCAUUCACCAGUGCUCGGACGACCUCAGUCGACGCCACCUGCUGGCCAUCGGGGCGACGAUGAAGGACGCGGUGAAGAUCCUCAGGCAGGCGGGCGAUGCGCUGGACAGGGAACUGGCUGCGGUGGGAAUGCGACAGAACAGGGAGAAACAGGGCUCUGCCGAGUUUGAGAUGCCUCGCAGGUGCCAGGCGGCUAAGACGGCGUUCUACGCGAUGGGGGCCUAUCUGGAGUUUAGCUACGCCGUGGGGGCGCAGCGCAGGAGGCUGGACUUGCGUCUGGCAAAGCUCGGGCGAAUCGCCAUGGCGGGGAGGGCGACAAAGUGGCGCGAGGACGGGGUCGAGAGCUUGACCGCGGAGCAGGCGCUAGCCCACUGGCGCGCAAGCGACACGAAGACCGAGUUGCUUGUCAGGAGGCUGAAGAGCUCCAUGGGGGGCGAGGCCGACGCGCUGCGCGAGCUGGGAAAGGCACCGUGGAAGCUGGAAGCGGACCGGGACUUGGCGAAGCAGUUCCUGCGGAUGGACUUCGCGAAGGUGAGGGCCAAGCAGUGCACCGCGCGCGCACCACCUACGAGCACGCGCGCGUCGCCACAGGACGAGCGGCUGGGGCAG